AUGGCAGGCAAGGCAAGGGAGCCCCUCAUCCCCCUGACCCUGCAGUGCUCCCAGCUGAAGGCUGAGGAGAAGACCCUGGAUUUUGAGUUUGAGGUGGUUAGUGCCCAGUUUAACCGGCGGGGCUGCUACGCCCUGCGGCUCACCGUGGAGAACCCGCUGCUGCAGGGCUCUGGUGCUGGCGUCCAGCUCCGCAUCAACAGUGGGGAGGUCAUGCAGAGCAGCACUGCCAUCACCGACACCAUCGAGCAGAGCAACCUCAACCAGAUCCAUUCCUUCCAGAGGAGGAAAUUCACCUUCACCCUGCCCAGAGGUUUCUGCAAGAAUGACAAGAACCACGAUGUGCGGCUCCAUAUCGAGGCCCUGCACUUCCCCAGGAGGGCGGAGAGGAUGAGCAGGCAGGUGGGCAGAGCCUUCUUUGCCAUCUACCCCCGCCCCAACCAGCCCCGGAUGAAGCUCUCUGCCAGGAAGGAUGAGGACUGGUACCGCUAUAGCGCUGUGAUGGCUUUGCUACGGGUGGGCAGCGAGCAGCCGGCGAUGCAUUGUGGCCGGCUGGCCUUCACUGCAUCUCUGCACGAGCACCAGCCUCCCACCAUGCUGGCUUCCCCCCCCUCCGCUUCCUCCAGCGCCCAGAAAAGAGACCAGCAAGCAGCAGGCACAGCCCCAGCAUCCCCAGCCCUGGGCAUCCUUGUCCCCAACCGUUCGCUCCGUACAGCUGAGUCUGCUUACCACUCCCUGCCCACUGAGGGCCAUACCCGCUCCCGCAAGAGGCUGCAGGCUGACCCUGCACUCAGCUCCUCCCCGGAGCUCCUGGAUGACUUGGCAGAUGAGCAUCCUUCCUCCUCCUCCUCUUCUUCCUCAGUGCCUGCCCCUGCUGUGCUGAGCCACAGCAGCUUCCACCUCUCCUCGCCAGGCUACAGCCCGGAUCUGGCCUCCUCGCCAGCACAGGUAUCCAAGUCCCCCACUGGGAUGGAGGAGCCCGAGCAUGUACCGGUGGCUGGUGAGGGACAUGUGGCCCGCCUGGGGAAGGAAGCCAUCACUGUCACCCUCCACAGUGCCAGCAACCUGCCGACCACACAGGAGGGCCGGGUGCCGUGUCCAUACGUUGUUGUUAAGACCAGCAGAGGGGAUGAGCAGGAGCAGAAGCCGAAGGCUACUCGUGCAACCUCAGUGCCCACCCACACACCCACCUGGGAGGAGGAGGUGACGGUGGAAAUAGAUGCUGAAGAUGCAGGCUGGGCAGCCCUGACUCUCAUCGUGGCAGACAAAGCCACCAAGGAGGCGUUGGGGACCUUCCACUUGCCAGUGAGGCAUCUCCAGCCCUUCCAGCCCCACCACUGCAAGCUGGUUCUGCCAAGGACACGGGACCCUGUGGGGACAGUCCUGCACACCACCAUCAUCCGCAAAGGGAGCUUCAUCCCUCGCUGUGAUGGAUUCAGCUAUGCAGCCUUGGAGGUGCUGCUGCGGGGGCUGUCGGCCCCCCUGGCCAGCCCCCCUGGGGCCCUCGUCGCUGUGGCCAGAGUUGUGACCAAUGUUCAGGAGUACAAGCACCGCAUGGAGAAACAUCCCAUCUCCUGUCCUGGCAUCAGUCCCACUACCAUCACAUUCCCAGACCCUCCAGCAUCAGCCUUCAGUAUCGCCCGAGCUGCCAACCAUGGCUACCCACAGAUGUCCCGACCAGCUGGACCCCCAGAGCAGCCAACCUGGGACACCUCCUUCCUCUUCCAAGGCCGAGAUGUAGCCACCAUCUUCUCCGAAGAUACUGCCCUGGCAAUAGAAUAUUAUCCGUACAAAACCAUGUGGGAUGCUCCAGGCACCCUUGUUCCUGUGGGAUACUCGGUGCUGCCCCUCACCAGCCACGUUUUCCAGGAGCUAGCGGCACAGAGCGGUGGGAUGCGUGUGGAUGGCCUCGCUGUGCAGGGCACGGACCUCAAAACCACAACUGGGGCCACCCCAACCGUGGGGCUCUGCCUGCAGCUCCUUCGAUCGGAGAGACCAGCAGCGUUCCUGCCCCUGUUGGGCAGCGGUGCCCUGCCCAGCCUGGAGCCCACCACCGCCAGCAUGCUCAGGAGGGGCGAGGAGCUGCCGCCAGCCCCUGUGCAGCCAUUUUAUUGCCAGCUCCACCAAGACAACGUGUCCCUCCCAGGAGCUGACAGCGUGGCCAGCAUCCUGCCCGGAAAGCAGCCAUUCCCACGUGGGACAGGAGCGCUGGCAGGGGAGCAGAGGUCCCAGGAGAUCAUCAGGGACCCCCAGGAGCUGGUGAGUGCCAGGGGAAUGGGAGGAGUAGGGGGCAGCGGGGGCAUGGGGGGGGACAGCAGUGUCCCUGAGGCAGGUCCUGGCUCCGGUGGGGACCAACGUCCGGCUGCUGUUGGCUCUGUGCUGCCGGUGAGUGAAGGUCUCGGAGAGAAGGAUGGAUGGAUGGAGAAGAGAAGAGAAGGAUACAUGGAUGCAUGGAUGGAUGGGAAGAGGAUGGAUGGUUGCAAGAGGCAGGGGAAAACCUGGAUGUUUCUUAGCUCCUCCAUGGUGGGUCUGACUCUCCAAAGAAAUACCCUCAGCCGAGCUUCUGGUGCUGGGGAAAGCCCCGGCUGGCCGCGGGGUGCCAGCAGCUCUGCUCUGGGCUGGCAGGAGGCGAGCGGCUACCGACUGGCACUGAAGCGGAUGGCAGGGGACCUCCUGUCCCUGCGCCAGCAUGUCACCAGCCUAGAGGUGGAGAACGGGCAUCUGCGGCGCAGCCUGGCCACGCAGGAGGACCUGGGCCACGCUCUGCUCACCGACGUGGACCUGGAUGUCAUGACCCGGGAGGAGCUGCUAGACAGGCUCACCACCCUCAAGCGCAAGCUGGUGGCCAGCACGGCAGAGAUGAGGAGACUGAAGGACCGUGUUCAGCAGCUGCAGAAUGAGCUGAUCCGGAAAAACGACCGGGAGAAGGAGCUGGUGCUGCUCCAGCGAGCCCACCAGCAGCAGCAGGCUGCGCUGAGGAGGUGCCAGGAGAAGGUGGCCAAGACGAAGGGCUUGGAGGAGACAGUGCGGCAGCAGGAGAAAGUGAUCGAGGUGAUGGAGCGGGUGCUGCAGGAGCAGCUCACUGGGACGGGCCUGAGCACUGAGAAGCCAUCAGGUGAAGCCCUCUCCGAGGAGGUGUACACUGCUCUGCUGGCUGAGAACCGCAGGCUGCGGGAGGAGCUGGCCAGGCCCCACCACCACCCCACCCCCCUCUCCCCACGGCCCCCAGCUUUGCCGGGUGUUUUCGGGGGUGCGGAGAAGCUGUCUCUGCUGGCCAGGCUGGAGGAGGCACAAGCCCGCGGGCGGGUGCUGGAGAGGCAGGUGGCGAUCUCCGCAGCCCCCCCGAGAAGACCGCAGACCCUGGACCCUCUGCCCCAGCCCGUGCCUGGGGAAAGAGCUGGAGAAAACUAAUGCUGGC